CUGUUCCCGAGAACUACUUCCGGGGGUCAUUGCCGUGCAUCGUUUUUCCCUGAGCUGUUCUAUUUUCAGUUUCAACUUUUAUACAUAUUUGCUUGUUUACCAACACAAUGUCCCGAGGGUCGAGUGCAGGAUUUGACCGACAUAUUACCAUAUUCUCUCCAGAGGGCAGACUCUACCAAGUCGAAUAUGCAUUCAAGGCUAUCAAUCAAGGUGGCCUUACCUCAUUAGCUAUCCGAGGACAAGACUGUGCAGUUGUCGUCACACAGAAGAAAGUUCCAGACAAGCUUCUUGAUGCCUCCACAGUCACACACCUAUUCAAAAUCACAGAAAACAUUGGCUGUGUCAUGUCAGGAAUGACGGCUGACAGCAAGUCUCAAGUCCAGAGAGCUCGCUACGAAGCAGCCAACUGGAAGUACAAGUAUGGCUAUGAGAUCCCAGUGGACAUGCUGUGUAAGAGGAUGGCUGACAUCUCUCAGGUGUACACACAGAAUGCUGAGAUGAGACCUCUGGGUUGCUGCAUGAUAGUGAUUGGUGUGGAUGAGGAGUGUGGUCCCCAGGUGUAUAAGUGUGACCCUGCAGGAUACUACUGUGGCUUCAAGGCCACUGCUGCUGGGGUCAAACAGACAGAGGCCACCACCUUCCUGGAGAAAAAGGUCAAGAAGAAACUGGACUGGACCUUUGCGCAAACAAUCGAGACUGCGAUAACUUGUUUGUCUACGGUACUGUCCAUUGACUUCAAGCCCUCCGAGCUAGAGAUCGGUGUCAUUACAACGGAAGACCCUAAAUUCAGGAUCCUGACAGAGACCGAGAUCGAUGUCCACCUUGUGUCCCUGUCAGAGCGAGAUUGAGAGUUUCCAUGUGUUCCAGUGUUUCCAUGUGUUCCAGUCUAGAGGGGAGACUACCCUAGAAAUAUGACAGAACACUACCACUGAUCUUCAGAACGAAAGCCCUGACUUCUUUUUUGCUGUACAUUUACGCUGUUCAAUUAAAGAGAAUGUUUUCGAGAAACUCAAA